UCUGGCGAGUGUGGAUGCGUUCCGAGCAGAAACCGCGACCAAAACGAAAUUCAGCCCCAAUGCAAGAGGGCUGUGGGAAAAUAACAUCCGAAACGCCGUUUCCGAGCAGAGCAACAACCAACUUAAAGUGCUUAUCCCUUAAUCGUUGCCCGAAAGUGGAGUUUAAAGUGUUAACAGUAAACGGGGGCGGCCUAAAUUAACCCGCUAGUUCAGUGUUUUAAGAGCAGAAUUAACACAAAUCCACUGCGAAAUCUCUGUACCCCCGCAGGAUAUACCGUCGAAAGCCAAACGUUGGAAAAAAUCCAAUACAGAUAUAUGUGUGUGUAUAUAUGUGUAUGUAUGUGCGUGUGCGUGUGGCAGUGCGUGCGCCUGUAGUGGUGCAAUAUUUGUGAGCGCCAAAAAGCCGAAGAGACGAAGCCGCGCAUUCAAAUAAAUCUCUCGUCUCUCUCCGUUUCUCGAAACUCGAAUAUCGAAUCUCGAAUCUCGGAUUCUCGCGUCGCUUUCUCCAGUUCGAAAGUCGCGUAUAGUAAAAAGUGUCAGCAAAUCUUUUUGGCCCCCGCGUUGCGCCUCGCUGCACCACCACCCACUGAACCACCACCCACUGAGCGGCUGAAGGACUACUUUGUUUUUGGUCAAGCUUUUCGCACCCGUCUUCGAAAUUGCGAAAUUGGCGCGCACGGGAGCAUCAACUCAAACACACAAACCUAAGCCACAUAUCAAACUACCAGCUCAAUUACCAUUUGUCACCAAAAAAAUAACUGACCAAAUAGCUUCGCAACAAUGUUGAAUGUACACGGAAAAAGCAAUAAAAACUUUUGGCAGCACCAAAUGUCCGGCUUAAAAGCGCUUAUAGCAAGUAUAUGAAAAUCGAAAAUUGAAAUUGCAAUUAAGCUUGGCAAAACCAAUAGCCACACACUAAAAUAAGAACUUAAAUUAACGAAUUUUAGUUUUUCGAAUCGAUAAAAGCAUCAAAAGUGUCAAUAAAUUAAAAAGGAAAACAAUUUAAGCGCGAAUUCGGUUUAAUUUGUGAACUGCUCUGCGGCUUUAUCUGCAUAUGUGCCGGGCACGCGAACACACUAAACAAUUAUACAUUUUGAAAACCAAAAACCAAUCGAUAGACGGGCGGCGUACCCAAACAGGAGAUUAAAUCUGGAAGUAUUCAGCACCAAUUGAUCCACAUAGAUACAUACGCACACUACCGGUCCAAAUACAGUUGAAAAUGGAGAGCAAACAGUGGAGCUGCUUUGUGGCCAUAGUGCUGGGCGUGCUAAUAUUCAAAAUGCACAUAUUUGUCGCACUCGGCGAUCAGGAUGAGGAUAUACCGCACAACGAAGUUCGCAACUGGGCCCUGAAGUUCGGCGUGGACUUGUGGGAGUUUGGACGUCAAUUUACCAAAAUGAAUGAGAUCAAAAGUCGCUUCAAGGACAACGACAUCGAAGUGAAACGCAAGGACGGCAUUAUCCUGCUUCGUGAAUUGGCCGCCGAGGUGAAGAACUUUAUGGAUUUCAAGCGCAAUGCUGUCAUGCGCCUGAUGGACUCUGCCGAGCAGGCGGCACUCUCGGAGCUGGAGGGCCAGGGACAGGCCGAGUCGCCGGCGGGCGGACAGCAGCACUACGACGCCCGGCGGAUCAACGAGUACAAUGCCGAUGGCAAGCUGGCGGACGGAGCACGUCACAUGGACAUCCGGUUCAUGCGGCGCUUCGAGCGUCUGCCGGUCAAUCUCAGUCUAAGCUCGAUUCUGGUGCCGCACGGCGUCGACUUGGACGAGGCGGACGUCAAGUCGGCGCUGCAGUGGAGCGCCCACUUGGACCCGCUCUUCCAGAACAACUUAGAGCAAGAUCCGGCCCUGUCCUGGCAAUACUUCGGCUCUUCCGCGGGCUUCCUGCGCCGCUUUCCGGGCACUGCCUGGCCCCCAGAGGGCUCCAAGGGCAGCAAGCUCAUCCACGACUUUCGCACGCACAACUGGUUCGUGCAGGCCGCCUCCUCGCCCAAGGACAUUAUGAUUCUCUUGGACUCCUCUUCGAGCAUGUCGGAAAAAUCGUUUGACUUGGGCAUGGCCACCGCCUUCAACAUACUGGACACACUGGGUGAGGACGAUUUCGUGAACCUCAUCACCUUCUCGGAGGCGGUAAAGACGCCAGUGCCGUGUUUCAAGGAUCGCAUGGUUCGAGCCACGCCGGAUAAUAUCCAAGAAAUCAAGUCGGCCGUUAAGGCCAUAAAGCUGCAGGAUACGGCCAACUUUACUGCCGGCUUGGAGUACGCCUUUAGCUUGCUGCACAAGUACAACCAAUCUGGAGCCGGAAGCCAGUGCAACCAGGCCAUCAUGCUGAUCACGGAGAGCACUUCGGAGUCGCACAAGGACGUGAUCAAGCAGUACAACUGGCCGCACAUGCCUGUGAGGAUCUUCACGUACCUAAUUGGCAGCGACUCCGGCAGCCGGAGCAACCUGCAUGACAUGGCCUGCUCGAACAAAGGCUUCUUCGUCCAGAUCAACGACUAUGAGGAGGCACGCCGCAAGGUGAUCGACUACGCCUUGGUGAUGGCCCGGCCCAUGAUCAUGUACCAGGCGGACCACCCGGUCCACUGGAGUCCCGUGUUCGUGGCCGGCAAGUCGGGCGGUUUGGGACGCGAUUCGGAGUACCAGCGACGCCUUGUGACGACAGUUUCAACUCCGGUCUUCGAUAGACGAAACCAUUCGGUGCGCGUCGCCAAUCUGCUGGGCGUGGUGGGCACCGAUGUGCCCAUCGAGGAGAUCCGCAAGGUGAUCCCCCAGCACAAACUGGGUCCGAAUGGCUAUUCGUUCAUCGUCGAUAACAACGGGCGGGCGCUCUACCAUCCGGACCUGCGGCCCCUCAGCGAUGCCAACCAGUAUAUCGAUCAGCUGAAGCCCAAGUAUGCCUCCGUCGACAUCACGGAGUUGGAACUGCCGGAGACGGAGAUUGGCAACAAUAACGAGAUAAUAGAGAUGAACAAGAAUCUGCUCAAUGAGAUGCGCGGCGACAUGAUCAAGCCCAAGGAGGGCGAAACCGAGUUCACCGUGCUGAACCACUACGACGAGUCCAAGCGAGUGUCCACCCGGACGCAUCGUUACUUCUACGGUCCCAUCGAGGACACUCCCUUUACGCUGGCUAUUGUGCUCCCGGAGAAAUACGGUAGCCACGAGUUUGUCUCCCAGCAGGAGAUCCGGCAUUCGCGUAACAAUGUUACCGAAUACUUCAAGGGAGACAACUGGCGCGUACAUCCAGAUUGGGUGUACUGCGAGUACAAUAGCGUAAGCGAUCUGGAGAAGGAGAGGGAGAGCUCUGGCGAGUACUCCUCGCGGGAUCAGGAGCCCAGCUUUGGGUCACCGGAGGAGCAGGUAUUGCACUUUCUGGCUCGCGCCGGACGCCCCGGUUGGAAGUGGAUGUCGGUUCGACCCAAGUCGCCGCAGCCACAUCACAAUAUGCACAGUGGCUCCAACGGCAAUGCGCCCGGAUCGAGCCACUUUGGGUCGCAGCACCUGAACUCUCAGGGAUCUCGCAAGGCUGAGCCCUACUAUUGCGAUCGAACCCUCAUCCAGAGCUUGGUGCGCGACGCCAUGGUCACCGAUGGUCUCGACAGGAACACGACAGGCACCUCCAGCGGCAAGGAGGACAAGCAUCCCAUCGCCACAUUAAUGGCAAUACUAAAGAGGCAAGGCUAUCAGAAGUUUGUGGUUGCCACCUCAUUCGUGGCCACGAGGUCGGGUCUUUUGCGCUGGAUUGACCACAUCAAGCGACCCGAGGACACCCCCGAACCACACUUUAGCGAGGACAACGUGAGGGCCAUGGACACAUCCUGGUACAAGCGCGCCAUAGACCAGCACUCGGUGGAGCCGGAUAGCUUCGUGUACAGCGUGCCCUUUGGCUCGGGCUAUGCCAUCAAGUCCAAUGCCACCUUGGUGACAGCCUCGCAUGCCAUCUUUGUGGAGCAUCGCGGCCACAAGGCACCGGCGGGGGUCGUGGGCCUUCAGUUCCAGCACGAUUCCCUGGCCAAGCACUUCAUAAACAUCACCUCUGCCUGCACUGGAAUGACGGGCUGCAAGAGAACCUGCGCCUCGGACAACCUGGACUGCUAUGUGCUGGAUAACAGCGGCUUUGUAAUCAUAUCCGAGGAGAUGGAGCACACGGGCAAGUUCUUUGGUCAGAUCGAUGGCACCAUUAUGGACUCCCUGGUGCAGGAUCGCAUCUACAAGCGGGUGACAGUCAACGAUUAUCAGGGUGUCUGCUCGGAUGCAGACAAUCCGUAUACGGCUGCCGGUGGCAUCUUGAAACCGAAUCGUCUGGGCUCUUGGUUCUUCAGCCACCUUGUGGCCCUGAGUGCCACCUGGCUGUCCCUCAUGCCGGCCUCGCUGCGUGCCUGGCCACAGGACGAGUAUACCUACGACAACGAGGACGUUGUUUUUGUGGACAACAACUACUCGGAUGAAUACGAGUUUGGAAAUGAAUACAAUAUGCCGGUGGAUCAGGAAAUGGAUGAGUUCUUCACCACCGCCGAUGUGGAAUAUACAACGCCGCCGCCUGUCAGGCAGCAUAAACCCCAUGCCGGACCCCGUUUUACGCCGGAUCCGCAGAACGCAAGGCGCUGCGAUCUGGCCACGGAUCUCUACAUGUUGCAGCCCGAAAGGCUCAACCAGGGUGGCCAGAAUAAUCCGCUCAAGGGCAAGCUGACCAAUUGCCAUGCUUCCGGCUGCGAACGCCCAUUCAGCGUUCAAAAGAUUCCGCACAGCAAUCUCAUUCUGCUUGUGGUGGACACCCUGUGUCCGUGUGGCUCCAAGCAGCUGGAUAUUGAGCCGCUGGAGGACUCGGGCGUGAUUGGAGCCUGCAGUACGAGACGACAAAGCCAGGAGCAGGAGUCCCGGCGACGACCUAGAAAGUGCAUAAACUACCAUCCGGAGGAGAUCGAAAUACAGCAGUGCGGCCGUGGCAGCCCCCUGCUGCACAUGUCCGGUUCGGUGAUCGUGGCCCAUCUCCUGAUGGUGACCGUGACCUUUGUGCUGGCCAAUGCGUGAUACGAGCACUAAGUAUGCUCUGAGAACUAGGGUUUUUUUGUGUUUCUCGAAGCGGAGGCGGCACUAGAGGGUAGAAAAAUCACUCUUGAUCCGGGAAAACACGCAGUUUGAGUUCGUUGAUUUGAAAAAGCCGAAGUAGGAACUAUUAGCAGUCCCUCAACCACCACUUUAGUCGAGGGACAAAGGUAAUAAUCAAAUGUUUAUUAGACGGAUUGCAGCCGCAAGCAGCGUUACUCAAAUAAUAAUUACUAACGAGUUUAUAUCCAAUAUGUUUGUAGACAAUAAUUUGCAGGAGAUGUUUUAGGCAAAACGAUAGCUAAAGGUAACUUCCUUAUCUAUAUGUGCAAUAACUUGAAUACUUUAACUUGAACGGUUUAGUCACAUAAUUCUUAUGGUACUUUAUAGAGCGAGCUUUGUUUAUCCGUUACCAAAGUCACUGAUUUAAUUGAGACAAGCAUAGAAAAAAAAAAACGUAAAAUAUGAGUGCAAAAAACCCAAUACGAACGAGAAAUAGCCAUCAGUCGAUCAGAUUGUGUAUAUAGCAUCAAGAAAGUAUUCAAAAUGAACAAAAUUCCUACCGAUAACUAAUUCGUUUCUUUCCUCUUUUCUAACGUACAACACGAGUAAUAACUAGAUUGAGUUACUUUUAAACUCAACUGCGUACGCACAAAUAUAAAGUAUUAUAUCUAUUUUACAACCAAACUAAAUCGAAUUCACUGAACAAACGGAAGACUUGAAUUACCCGACAGCAAUGUAAAGAACAAAGGUACACAAAACCAAGUUAUAGACAGUUAAUAUCGUACAUACAUCCGCUGAUAUAUGCAUAUGGUUGACAUCCAAUUUUGAACAGAAACCAUGAAAAGAUGGCAAAUAUUUUAAUUGUUUUGCAGAGAAGGAAAGAAAGCAAAAAAAAUUAAAAGAAAAACAAAAAUAAUAAUAAUUUAUUUUGUAUACAUUUUUAUACAAACCUCAUGCAUAUGUAUAAUAAAAAAGAAAUGAGGAAAAGAAAAGCAAAUCGAAUAACUGAGCUACUCCUACAUUCUGAUUUACCUUUCAAGUUGUAAUUCAAUUUCUGUUCUGUUACGUUUCUACUAUUUAGAAAUUAACAUAUCGAUCGGAGUUUAGAAAUAUCCAUUCUAUUCUUUUCUAAACGAACAUACAAAACUAUUUAAAGAAAUAAAAUAGAAACACCUACAUAAUCACCUACACACAUCUACACUCACUCACGGACACUCUACACACUCGAAACCCACAAAUCACACAAACAAUAUAUAAAGAAAGAAUAUUUUCUGUGUCUUAAACUUGUAUAAAAAAUGUCUUCCAUUAAAAAUACUUAACGAAAAACGAAAAGAAAUCCAUACUAAGUAACAAAAUUUAUAAAUCAAUAACUACUAAUUAACUUAAAUUAUAAAAUACGAUUAUGUAAGGAAGUAUAUAUAUAAAAGGAAACAUUUAACUCGAACGUCAUUAACCAGGCAUUAGCAAUUUCAAAGGUCACCGCCUCGACGGCUAUAAGCUGUCGAGGAUCGAGGGUCGACGAAGGAAACCAAAAAGCAUUCAUACACCCAUAGAAACCUAGAUAAUAUUGUUAGUUAGGGCUGGGUGUUUCGCAAGAUGGAGACGCAGGCAAUGGGCAGAUAGAUCCAUACAAGCAUUAGAAGAAAUAUUAGCAGAAUACUUGAUAUAAAUAUGUAAUAAACCCUAUUUAUAAUACACCAGUCGAAACCAGUAAUCAAUUGUAAGUCGUAUCUCGUAAGCGCUGUUUGUUAAACGAUGACAAUGCCGACGAUAAUGAUCAUGUUGCAGUGCGUGAGAGCAGUGUGUUAGUGCUGAGCGGGACACCAGUGCGUAUGCUUGAUAUGCGAACCGGAACCGCAACCGGAAUGCUUGCGUGCGUGUGUGUGUUUGGUGCAUGUGUGUGGCUGGGGGACAUUGACUGACUUUAAGCGGCGAGAGUGGUGAGAAUGUAAGAGAGAGCUUGUGCUGAGGCAGUUGAAAGUUGAAGGACACGGAAUACCUGGUAGGCCAGAAAGGGCAUAACACAAUAUAACAACCCCCCUCCCCCCAUCAUUACCCUCUAUCCCUCUCUCUCUCUCACUCACUCUAUUCAUCGGUCGCAUUCUCACUCACUCCUGCGCUCUCAAGGAUCCACUGUAAAAUUGCAUAUAGAUUGCAUCUCCUUCGCAUAACUUCAACUCGAAAAUAAUAAACAUAUUUAUGUAUUCAACUUUUUGCAAAAACAACAAAUUCCAUAUCAAAAUAACAAGUUAAAGGACACUCUUUACAGAUGUAUUAAUAAUAUAAUAUAAACGUUCUGAAACAUUUUCUAUGUUUGUUUAUUUUUAUAAUGAAAUCGAAUGUUUGUAUGUGUAGUCCAUAAUUUUCUAAAGACAUAUGAAUACCUAUAUUGAAAAACAAAAGAGAAAAGGAAAAACGAAAAAGAAAAAGAAAACGAGAACGAAAAACGAUUGUAACGUUUAUUGGUCUUAAUGGAAUGGAAAAACAAAAGAAAAACAAUUAAAACUACCAUUAUUAACUUACCAAUUAAAUCAAAUUUUUGACAAUGCGAUUUUUGCUUUUUGGAAAUCGUGCUUUUUGCUAAAACAAAACCACAAGAAUGAAACGAAAAUGAACUAUUAUUAUAAUACUAAACACACACUUUUGCUCUCUAUAAACCCUAUAUACAAGCAUCUUUCUAUACGGAACAUUUAUGAAAAGCAAUCCGAAGCGAAAUAAAAAGCACACAAUUGCAUAGAAUAUGUAAUUGGGCGAAUUCUUUAAGAACUCUCUCUCCUCAGACACAAAGAAAAAGUAAUACUUCCUUAUUUGCCGCUCCUAAUUUGAUUAAUAGUUUUUGUUUUUAAUUGCCGCAUUCUGGACACAAAUUGAGACCAAAGCUCAGCAAAAUGGAACGACAACUACGCAUACAACUUUCAUGUAAAAUUAGAAACCAGUUACUGACUAAAAUCGUUAUUUGGAACUCAAGGCAUUCUAUCGAGUAAUAUUCAACGUAAAUAAAUUCUGUUAUUGUUGUCCAAGGCAUUGAAAUAAAUGAAAAAUAAAAAAACUAAGCUAAACACAAGCAACUUUUAAGUUGUGAGAGAAAUUGUUGUUUCAUUAAAUUUGUCAUUAUGAGAUUUGAAAAUAUAAAUGUUUAUCGCAAAAGCAAAGCAGUAUGAAAUACAAAUAAAUGUGUACACAAGUGUAAUUCAUAUAUAUCUGUAUAUUCCAGUGACCCACAAAAACGGCUUAAAAAUAAAUAUCGAAAUUGUUCGACAAAGCUUCAAAUUUGGAUAAAUACAAAAUUAACACACACCUUUUGUUAUGCAACACACCUACGACUACACACACACACACAUAUACAUACAUAUAGACCUGCAAGUCUACAAAGAAUUUCACCUAAUAGAUUAAAGUAAAUGAAAACUUUUAAGAAUUAGUAAAAGUAAAGGAAAAUAUUUGCAAAAAAACCUAACUGUUAAGAUAAAAUGAAAAAAAAAAUAAGCGCAUACUUACAUAAAUUAAUAUAAACUUGCUCAUUAUUCUAAUUAAAAACCGGAAAUUAUAAGUAAAUGGUAAUACAUAAAUAAAAUAAUUAAACCAAGUUAAGAUUAAUUCAACAUGAAACAGGAAGAUGAACAACUAAAAAUAU